AUGAAUAAAUUAACAGCAGAAAAAAAAAUCCAGUUAAUUAAGGAAAUCCAUGAAAAUCCUUUGGGAGGACAUUUAAGAAUAACCGGAAAAUUGAAUAAAUUCUACGCCGAACAUUAUUGGAAAGGUAUGCGGAAGCAAAUCAAGCAAUAUGUUAAACAAUGUACCAUGUGUCAAAGAAACAAAAUAGCAAAAUAUUCCUCAAUGUUGUGA